UUGUGUUUUGUGGGCUUUGUGACCUUCUCUCUCACAACCGAAGGAUUCCGUGUCUCUCUCCUUCACUCCAUUUCGUCGCCGCGUCUCUCCAUCUCUCCUCGACGACUCCGGUGAUUUCUUCAUCUCGUCACGAUCGGAUGAAGGAUUAGGCGUCACUCUCGAUUCCUCACGUUUUCGUCUACGAAGACUCUUGGUUCCUCUCCUACCUCACCGUCGACCGUCGUCACUAACGGAAGGAGCUUCGAUCCUCAUCUCGAUCCAUAUCCACUCGAGGAGAUCUCUCUUCCCACCGCGAUGUUGAAAGCUCGUGUCUACACCGACGUGAACGUGAUCCGUCCCAAAGAGUAUUGGGAUUACGAGUCUCUCAAUGUUGAGUGGGGAGCUCUGAACAAUCUUGGGAGCAUCUACAUCGAUUGUUCGAUGCUAGAUCAAGCUGAAACUGCAUACAAGAACGCUCUAGAGAUCAAACACAUUCGUGCUCAUCAAGGCCUAGCAAGAGUUUACUUCCUGAAGAAUCAACGUAAAGAAGCGUGCGAGGAGAUGACAAAGCUGAUUGAGAAGGCGUUUAGCAAAGCAGCAGCCUAUGAGAAACGGUCUGAGUACUGCGAACGUGAAAAAGCCAAAGAGGAUCUCGACAUGGCCACAACACUUGACCCUCUUCGAACCUAUCCUUACAGAUACUGAGCUGCUGGUUGGUGCUUAAGCUAGAAGGAGAUCGUUUUUAGAAGCAAUGGUUCUUCAUGGGAUUGUAUCAUCACCAUUACGAAGGCCACACGCGCUAAAGAAGCAACAGGAGGACUUGGGUAGCUUCUCCACUGUUUUCUGGAGGCCUCGAUUGAAACAGGUGAACUUUAUGUGAUAGUUAGCAUGCUCUGCAUUUUCAUUUCAUUACUCUAAUCUUUGCAAUGAUAUAAACAGAGACGCACGUUUUUCU